AUGGUCAAAAAAGAAGCUGGAGUUUGUCGUCCCGCCCCUGCUGCUGUUAGCAGUGUUCGGAGACUACAUCACCACGGUCACCACCACCACCACCACGGUCACCACUCCCCUCACCGCAGCCACCAUCACCAGCAGCAGCAGGCGCAUCCAGCACCCAAGUCUUCAGCUGCCGUUGCCAGUAAUAGCAGCAGUAUGACCACUGAAGAUCUCAUUCAACCAGCUCAGGUUGUGAAAGACCGAUGGAAAGUGGUGCGCAAGAUUGGUGGUGGUGGGUUUGGGGAGAUAUAUGAGGGGUUUGACUUGAUUACCAAGGAAUCAGUGGCCUUAAAGCUGGAGUCUGCCAAACAGCCUAAACAGGUCCUCAAGAUGGAAGUAGCUGUACUUAAAAAACUGCAAGGCAAGGAUCAUGUAUGUCGCUUCAUAGGUUGUGGCCGAACUGAGCGCUACAAUUAUGUAGUGAUGUCAUUACAAGGCAAGAACUUAGCAGAACUGCGACGAAGUCAGCCGCGUGGCUGCUUUUCCCUGAGUACAACACUUCGACUUGGCUCUCAGAUCCUAUGGGCCAUUGAAUAUAUUCAUGAAGUGGGCUUCCUUCAUCGUGACAUAAAACCUUCCAACUUUGCAAUGGGGAGGCUUCCAAACAACUGCAAAAAGGUUUACAUGCUGGACUUUGGACUGGCCCGUCAAUACACAACCAUUAGUGGUGAAGUCAGACCUCCCCGUGCAGCAGCUGGAUUCAGGGGCACAGUACGCUAUGCUUCUGUUAAUGCACAUAAAAACAAGGAAAUGGGCCGCCAUGAUGACUUGUGGUCAUUAUUCUAUAUGUUGGUGGAAUUUCUGGUGGGACAGUUGCCUUGGAGAAAAACCAAAGACAAGGAGCAGGUGGGAUCCAUGAAGGAGAAGUAUGACCACACGUUACUUCUGAAGAACAUGCCGUCUGAGUUCCGCACAUUCUUGGACCAUGUCAGUGAGCUGGACUAUUAUGACAAACCUGAUUAUAGCCUGUUGCACAAUUUGUUUGACCAGUGCAUACGACGCAAGUGCAUCAGAGAGAAUGACCCUUAUGACUGGGAGAAAAUCUCUGGGGACGGCUCUUUGGCAACAACGACAACAACAUCCCCACCUGUGGCUAUCAAGCAGACUCCUGGAGCAAUCCCUGCCCAUCUUCAUGGACCACAUACUCCAGGUCAUGGUGCCACAGAUGUGAUGGAUGAAAACUUCAGCUACAACCAAGAAGAAGACCAUGCUGACACCAAAAAAGGCAACAUUGAUUUGAUUAUUGAUAAUCGUCUCUACAAGAGUGAGAUCGACAAUCGACUCCGUGAGGAGCAGAAAGAGAAGCUCUAUCAGAAGAAGCAACUUGAACAGCUUGAAAAGGAUGAGUGGAAGUGCCGGUCAGAACAAGGAAGCAAAGAGGUUGUUGCUGACAAAGGAGAAAUGCUCAAGGCUGACAAAGCCCAACUCUCAAUUGCAGGCCAGAAAUCAUCAUCUGACCUGGCUGUGUUGGAUAAUCAACUUCGGCACAUUCUGAAACCCACUCCUGAUGACCCAGGCUGCAGUAAGUGUGACUGUAACAAGGGGAGCUCAGACAAAGAUGAGCAAUUAGAUGACAAGGAUGCUCUGGUUGUUGAUGAGGACCGCUGUAGCAAAGGAGCAGCUAGCAGUAAGGGUACGAAAGGCAGUGGAGAAGAAAAGAAUGGGGAGACUCUCAUUAAAGUUUCUGCCCACAGUCCAAAAUCUCAUGGUGCUAAUGAACCCAAGGGGACUUUACUUACAAAGAUAGCCGGUGACAGCCCAGAGAAGGAAAAAGCUCAAAACAAUGAAGAUAAGGAACACGUUUCAAAGCCAGAGCAUGUGUGCAAUAUAACAGACAACACGAAUCCAGCAAACCCUCACCAACCUCUGACUGCUAGUGGGGCCCCUACCCAGGGAGAUGAUAAGACACAAACCCACUUGGAUGCAACAAAUGCAUUCAAUGAUGAAUUUGCUACCAAGGCAGCCCCUUACACAGUGAUCAGCCACUGGAUUGGUAUGUCGGCAUUUGGAUCAAGUUCUGAAGAUGAACAUGACCAUGAUCAUGAAAGUGAUCAUGGUCAUGACACCAAGGGCCCAAAUGCUGAUAGCAAAAUCCUUAAGGUUAGAGACAAGAUUAAAUACUCGCACCUCAAUACAUUGGCAGAUGAAGAGUCCAUACGACCGGAUAGUUCAAAUAGAAACUCAAUGACUCUGUUGGAUGAUGGCAAAGAGCCGUUUAAUAUCUUAGCUUGCUCAGAGGAAUCAUUGGAUGGCCAUGGGGGGGACACAUCGGCCAUUCAGAAAAGUAAAGAUAAUAUAAAUGCAUUGAACUGGGAUGAGUCUAAAUGUUCCUUGCAUGAAGAAUCUUCGGAGCAAGCUCAUCGCAGUAUUCCAAGAUCCUUCACGGUCCCGGAUGGAAACGUCCACUUUACUCCGUCUAGUCCAAGCAAAAUGCCAGAGAAACUUGUUAAAGACAUUGGGAACUUGAUUGGGUCCCCUCUCAAACACCCGUUCAGUGUAACCUGUCGUUUUCUAAAAGUGCGCAGCAGCUUAUCGGAGAAAAAAUCUUCGGGCUCGCAAUCCAAAGCUGGAGGUCUUUUGGGCAAGCCUCCUCUUGCGCAGCUGCCCGUUAAAUCUAGUCCAAAACAUCAUAAACGUGGUGACAGUGAUACCGGUGUGAGUGACCACUCAAACCCUGAGUACACUGUGUCCAGGUUUUUACUUAGUCUAAAGAAAGAUGAUAAGUCAUUAGAUAAUGUUGCUGUCGACAUGAGUGGCUCUCGACCAGAGUUGGGUCUGGAGGCUGAUGAGAACCAUGCCGUAUCUCCUGGGGAGGCAAGCAUCACUCUAACUUCUCAGAAGGUGCUUUAUAAGAAUAAUGAUGGCGAUCAUGCCUCGCUGACUGAUCUCCACAGUGGCCAUACAGAAGAAAAAUAUAGCACAAAACAUUUUCGAAUAGGCAGUAGUAGGCAACGAUCUACAUCAGAAUCUCGAAUUGGUAGAUGUCGGACUAAAAGUAGUCAAAAGUCUGCUUCGACCAGCUCCUACGACCAGUCAGUGGAUUGUUCUGGUAAAGAUGCCUUAAAACCUCUGGAGUCUUCAGAGCAGGGAACCAGUUACUCUCCAAAACCUCCACCAGGCCAGGCCCCCAGGAAGCCUGUGGUAUCAGCAAGGUGGAGGCGUUACAAAAAAUGUUUCAGUACAACUUCCCUUGCAAGCACUGUGAGCCUUCCGUCGGCAUCGAUGGCUGCCGCUGUAUCUGCUCCAGUCUGCAGCCAUUCCUCUUGUGAGCCUACCCCAUCACCGCUGGCCGCGGACAACUCUUCAACUACUACUUCACCCCGGCGGUAG